CGAGGGCGGACUCAAGAGGACGGUUUCCGGGUUUCCCUUCCUGGGCUGGGACAGCGGCAAGAGGCAAGAAGCUCCUGUUGAUUAAUAAUAAUUACCAAUUACGCGCAGGCUCAUCAGGCAUCCAGUAAACUGCAGCGAUGUCUCAGUCUGGAGAGAAAGGGAAGUUCCCAGAUGCAACAGGUUAUGUAGGGUUCGCCAACCUCCCAAACCAAGUGCACCGGAAGUCAGUGAAAAAGGGGUUUGAAUUUACCCUAAUGGUUGUAGGGGAGUCUGGCUUAGGCAAAUCAACACUUAUAAACAGCCUGUUUCUCACUGAUCUCUACCCUGAACGCUACAUCCCUGGUGCUGCAGAGAAGAUUGAGAGGACUGUGCAGAUUGAGGCUUCGACUGUGGAGAUCGAGGAGCGAGGAGUAAAGCUGCGUCUCACCGUGGUCGACACCCCUGGAUACGGCGACGCCAUCAACAGCCAAGACUGCUUCAAGACCAUCAUCCAGUACAUUGACAAUCAGUUUGAGAGAUACCUCCAUGAUGAGAGCGGGCUUAACCGAAGACACAUAGUGGACAACAGGGUUCACUGCUGCUUCUAUUUCAUAUCUCCAUUUGGACACGGUUUGAAGCCUCUGGAUGUGGAGUUCAUGAAAGCCAUCCACAGCAAAGUCAACAUAGUCCCAGUCAUUGCCAAGGCCGACACGCUGACGCUGAGGGAGAGGGAUCGCCUGAAGAGGAGGAUCCUGGAUGAGAUCGCUGAGCAUGGGAUCAGAAUUUACCAGCUACCUGACGCCGAUUCCGACGAGGACGAGGAGUUCAAGGAGCAGACCAGAGUCCUGAAGGCAAGCAUUCCCUUUGCUGUGAUUGGCUCCAAUCAGCUGAUUGAGGUAAAGGGGAAGAAGAUCCGUGGUCGUCUCUACCCCUGGGGAGUUGUUGAAGUGGAGAACCCUGAGCACAAUGACUUCCUCAAACUACGAACAAUGCUUGUGACACACAUGCAGGACCUGCAGGAAGUAACUCAGGAUCUGCAUUAUGAGAACUUCCGCUCAGAGAGGCUGAAGAGAGCGGGCAGGGCUGUGGACGAGGAUGUGCUGGAUAAAGAUCAGAUCCUGCUACAGAAAGAGGCAGAGCUGAGACGUAUGCAGCAGAUGAUUGCUCAGAUGCAGGCACAGAUGAAGAUGAAAGCAGACGAGUGAACGAGCAUGAGCAGAAGGGAGACAUGGUGAUCUCAACCUCCGCAACACACAUAGACACACACACACACACACACACACACACACGCAGGCACACACGCAGGUACACAUACACCUGGUCCUCCUUUGAAUCCAUCCCUGCUCUCUGCCAUGCCACAGAUCCACCAGGAGUCCAGGUAUCCAGGAUCUCAUCAUCUUUAUCUGCACACCAUCACUUCUUCUUCCCUUCAAAUAUCCAUCCAUCAGCUGUUCAGGAGCUUCUUGAACUUAUUGUCAAGACUUCACUUAAAUCCACAUAUUGUCUUAUUACGUGUGUUAGAGUUUGCUUAAUUCGACUGGGCAAAAUUUUUAAAAACGUGAACACAAUAAACAUAUAAUACUGGAUCAUUAUCAUAAAUCUAUCUGUUAUUUAGACUUUGAUCUUAAUUAUGACUCCACGGAGCUGCAAGUGACAAUGGUACGAAGAGGUUUGCCAUCACACUAUGAUGUUUACAAAAUUAUAUGUAUGAGUUAUGCAUUUUGCUCAAGUCCGAGCUUCAGAUGACACCAUCCUCCAUUUAUUCUGCUAACUUAAAAGUUUAAAAAAAAAAAAAAAAAACAGUUUGCUUCUCAUGUUUUCUUUUAGCUUAUGAAUAUUUCAGUAGCCCAUCAUGUUUACCUCUGGAUGGUUCAGUGCCUUCAGUCUGAUGAUGCAAAACUACAUAUUACUACACUGAAAGGUUAAGUGUGGUUUUAAAUGAGGUAAACUGUCCAUGCUGAGAAUAAUGAAUGCUCUUGUAUCUGGUUUUCCAGUCAACAUAUUUGUCCUUGAUUGUGUUAGGCUACAAACCUUACUUCCAACACUACGAACAUAAUUUUAGGUGUUUAUUUGGCUCAUAGGGUGAAAGCUACUAUAUGCAAGUAAUCAAACUAAUACUACUUUAGGAUUAUGUUACAGCUGAAUAAAGUGCCAUGUUCGUAAUACCUUUGCAUUUAUCAUCAAGAGCUGCAUGAUCUUUAUUGUCAGUGUCAAACUACAACUACAUACUGAAACAAAAUUACACUAUAAAGUAACUUAAUAUGUGUCAGUGAUGUCAUUUAAUAUGUGAAAUGGUCUGUUUGUGUGUUACAUGUGCAGUCUUUUACUAUACUGUAUUUUGGACUUUCCCAUUUAAAAAUCCGAUUCUUUAAUAUUUAACUGUUAUAUGUGUAAACACCCUCCAGCCUUCUGUUUAGCAGUGCCAUCUAACUGUCACUGAUGUGCUACUGGCAUUAUUCUGUUUUUUCUGUCUUUUGCUCUUGUAUACAGAUCUCUCUGUUGAACUCACUAAUGUCGGUUAAGACUUGUUUUUAGACAUGAACUUUUUUCUAUCUGGAAUAAAAUUUGUUUAGAGGAAAAAAAA